AUGGCAGAAAAUAAUGUAGAUGAUAUAAAUUUAGAAUGUGAAAAUGAGAAGGAAAAUAAUAUUUUACCAGAAAAAAGAUUAGUUGAUAAUAUUAAAGAAAAGAAUAUAGAUGAAAUAAAAAAGAAAGAAAAUGAUAAUAAAGAAAAGAAUAUUAUGUUUCAUAUAAAGAAUGGUUUGUGUGAUUUAGAGAAGACUUUAAAGGGUGAUGGGUAUGCAUAUAGUAAUUUGACAUGUAUAAAAAAAGAUAUUGAUUUUAUACCUAAGAGUAUUAUUAAAUAUAUACAUUUAAAAUAUAUAAAUUUAUCUCAUAAUAAUAUAAAAGAUUUCGUAUAUUUAUAUGUUUUACCUGAUAUAAUAUUUCUUGAUGUAUCAUAUAAUAUGUUAAAAGAAAUAGUAGAAUUAAAAAAAGAUCAUUUAAAAAAUUGUAUAUAUAUAAAUUUAUCACAUAAUUUAAUUUCACAUAUGAAUAAUAUAUUUUUAAAUAAUCUUGUUGAAUUUAAUAUAUCAUAUAAUAGUAUAAAUAAUAUAAAUAUAUAUUUAUCUAAUACUAUAAAGAUAUUAAAUUUAUCUAAUAAUAAUAUUAAAAAUAUAAAUUUUAAAAAUACAUUAAAUAAUUUAUUAGAUUUAGAUAUUUCUUCUAAUCCAAUAGAAAACUUAGACUUUUAUACAUACAUACCAAAUUUAAUUGUUUUAAGAAUAAAUGAUAAUACAACCAUAUCUAUGGAUAAGUUAAAGAAUAUUAAUAAUUUUAAAUCCUUACAAUCAUUAUUUAUGGAAAAUUAUUUAUACUUUAAAGAUAUAUCAUAUAAGGAAGUCAAACAAAUACUAUUACAAAAUUCAAAGGAUAUUCAUUUGUUAUCAUUCAAUGGAAAUCAUUUAUAUAAAAAAACAGAUCCAAUUGAACAAGCGACAGAAUGA